AUGAGUGAAAUUAGCGACGACAAGAAUCUAGAGAUAGAGCCGGCUUAUGACACUGACAGGGUGAAACAGUGGACAGUGGAAAAAGCCUUCUUUGGACGCUUUAAAAACAACCAAAAAGCCUCAACCAGUGAGUAGUUUAUUUGUGUUCACAUCGCAGUAUGAGGCAGUCAAACUAGGUCAUUCAAAACAACAAGUGACAUUUUAACUCCUUUGCUUGUAUCCUAGUAUUCAUCAAAUAAAAUACAAAUUGUGUCACCUGCAGCCUGAACCGAGUCAUGCGGUCACCGUUGCAGUUUCAUCCUGUACAUUUUUUAAUAUGGUAAAGGAAAGGGAACUGAAUGAGGACGAAGGACUAGAGAUGUUGAGCACCAGCACCUCCAUGAAGACCAGUCCCUAA